CCGUUACUAUGAACUGAUAUAAAAGCUUAGAUUCAUCACUUCUCUUGCUGAAGCUUCGACUGCGGCGGCACCAAAUCCCCGGACGCUACAAUGGGUAUCGAUUUGAUCGCUGGAGGUAAGAGCAAGAAGACCAAAAGGACAGCUCCCAAGUCCGAUGAUGUCUACCUCAAGCUCACUGUCAAGCUUUACAGGUUUCUGGUGAGGAGAACUCAGAGCAAGUUCAAUGCAGUGAUCCUAAAGAGGCUUUUCAUGAGCAAAGUCAACAAAGCUCCUCUUUCUCUAUCUAGGCUCGUCGAGUUCAUGACUGGCAAGGAAGAUAAGAUUGCUGUUUUGGUUGGAACCAUCACCGAUGAUUUGAGAGUACACGAGAUUCCAGCUAUCAAAGUCACUGCCUUGAGGUUCACGGAAAGAGCCAGAGCUCGUAUUGAGAAAGCUGGUGGUGAAUGCUUGACCUUUGACCAGCUUGCUCUCAGAGCUCCUUUGGGACAGAACACGGUUCUUCUUAGAGGACCUAAGAACUCACGUGAGGCUGUGAAGCACUUUGGUCCCGCUCCUGGUGUGCCACACAGUCACUCGAAGCCAUAUGUUCGGUCCAAGGGAAGGAAGUUCGAGAAGGCCAGAGGAAAGAGGAAGAGCCGUGGUUUCAAGGUUUAAGAACAUUGUCUGUGUCACUGAACUUGAUUCUGUUGUGUUGUUGCUUCUUAAUCACUUUCAUAAUGGUUUUUGUUAGAGAAUUGUGCUUUUUGGUGCCUUGUUUCAGACAAUAUCCAGAGUUUUUGGUGCCUUGUUUAUCAAACUUUAAAUUCUUUCCUCAAAA